AUGGCCUGUACGGAGCCCAGGGCCAGGACAUGGCCACCUACGUCAGCCACCCUGCGCCUUCUGAAGGCAACAGCUUCCCGGCCGUCAUUGUCGUUAUGGGAAGCUUUCGGAGUAACCCGGCAUAUUGAGCAGGUCUGCGACGAGUAUGCCCGCCACGGCUACGUAGCCGUCGCCCCCUCCCUCUACCACCGCGAACAUCAAAACGCCAAGCUGGGAUACGACCAGAUGCCCCAGGUGCAGCAGUACAUGGGCGCGCUCAAUGACGAGGAGCUGAUCGAAGACAUCAACGUCACCAUCGAUUACCUCCAGAACCGGUACCAGCGCACCCGCGGCAACAAGAUCGGUAUCGUGGGCUACUGCGUCGGCGGACGGAUCACCUACCUCGCCGCCACCAGUUGCCCCGGGCCUCAGUGCCGCCUCUGUUUACUACGGCGGCCGUAUCCUCGUGCCAUUCGGCGAUGGCCCGUCCCCCGCUGA